AUGUCUCAAGCAUCAACAAAGGUUCAGCAACUCAUUGACAACAACUCUGUUGUUGUCUUCUCCAAGUCUUACUGCCCGUACUGCAAGCAGACCAAGAAUGCUUUGGAUGAACUGAACGCUGAGUACGAGCUCCUCGAGCUCGACGAAGUUCCCGAUGGCUCUGCUCUCCAAGACGCUCUCGAGCAGAUCUCUGGCCAGCGAACCGUCCCCAACGUCUACAUCAAGCAGCAGCACAUUGGCGGCAACUCUGACCUUCAGAGCCUGAAGUCUGCCAAGAAGCUUACCGCUUUGCUGAAGGAGGCCGGUGCCCUGAAGGUGUAA